AUGCUCCACUUCAAACUUGGUUGGAUUGCUUCCUGCGCUGCGUUGCUGUUAUCUACUAUGGCAGCAAAGGUCGACGACUGCAGUUCUGUGAUCGAGAGCGACGUCGAGAGGGCUGCUCGCUUGGCGAAUGAAAUCCCUCAAGGUGGACUCGGCAUCCUCGUGAUCGACCAGCAAGUGAGUUUCCAUCCAGGAGGAUCCCUCGCCAUUGACUCUGCCAAGGAAGAUGCUGCUCGCAUUGCUGCGUUCAUCUCGAAUCACACAUCCGAGUUAUCACAAGUCAAUAUCACGGAUGGCGUCUGGAAGCCACGAGACUCGAGUUUGAACGACUACGUGUUGACGUACGAUCAGUCACUGGAGGCUAGCGGCAAGUUUUCACUAACAAUCUGGCCGGAGCACUGCCUUAUCGGAUCACCGGGCCACAACAUCGUUCCUGACGUGCUCGAGUCUGCUCUUGAGUGGUCGAAGCAGUCGCUGAAGCCGAUCCAAUAUGUGAUGAAAGGCAGCAAUCCGUUUACUGAGCACUACUCUGCUUUGAAGGCGGAUUUGAACAUUUCUCUGAUCAAGUCCCUGCAACGUACGGGUAAGCUCGUCAUCGUGGGUGAGGCGCUGUCUCAUUGCGUGAACUUCACUGUCCGCGACCUCGUGACCAAUUGGCCGGUUGAAAGACUGAGUGAUCUGGUUAUCCUGACGGAUUGCUCGUCGCCGGUGGCUGGAUUUGAGGCUGAGGUAAUUACUCUCGUUUAUCAUUUUUGUAUGGCGGGUGCUACCGCCCAUGUUUUCUAUAAGGGUUAGGUAUCCAAAACAUGGGCGUUAAGUAUGUAUUCCAUGUUUUGUCCAUGUUUUGCCAAAAUAAAUU